UCUCUACAUAUUCCAUAGUAGUAGUAGCUGCAAAAAAUGGUCAUCUCUCUGCUUCAACUUACUGCCCUCUCUUUGCCUUCUUCCCUGAAUUUUUGUAGAAAUUCACAUCCAAAACUAGACUCUACGACUUCGAUACUCGUACACUUCGCCAAAUCGAAUAUGAUGAGUUCCGGCUCCAAUCCCGGUCCGGUGAGGACUAGCUCUGCUAAAAUUUUCAAGGUUCCGGACCUGGAAACCGAACAAAUAGACCUAAUCGCGGACCAGAAUUUUCAGAGGUACUUUUUGUCUUCAUCUACAAGGAGGAGGAGCGGCAAUGGAGUCGCCAUUGUGUGGUUCAGAAAUGAUCUGAGAGUUUUAGACAACGAGGCUUUGUAUAAAGCAUGGGUAUCGUCUGAGUCGGUUUUGCCCGUUUUCUGUGUCGAUCCUCGGAUUUUUGGUGCAACUCAUUACUUUGGGUUCCCUAAAACUGGGGCUUUGAGAGCACAAUUUCUCAUAGAAUGCUUGGCCGAUUUGAGAAAGAAUUUAAACAAGCGGGGACUUAACUUGAUGAUAAAACAUGGAAAGCCCGAGGACAUUCUACCCAGUCUUGCCAAAACCUAUGGAGCACAUAUUGUAUAUGCCCAAAAAGAAACUUGCAGUGAGGAGCUGAUUGUUGAAAGGUUGGUAUGCAAAGGUCUGCAGAAAGUUGUCUUGCAAUCAUCUUCAGAACGAUCCAACAAGCCUGGUGGUUCUACGAUGAAUCCCAAGUUACAACUUGUUUGGGGUGCCACUAUGUACCACAUUGACGAUCUUCCAUUUUCCACCAGUAGUUUACCAGAUGUUUAUACUCAGUUUCGUAAGGCAGUCGAAUCAAAAUGCUGUAUUCGUAGCUGCAUAAAAAUUCCAACAUCUCUUGGGCCACCACCACCCAGCAUCGGCGAUUGGGGGAGUAUUCCGUCAUUAGAGAGCCUUGAAUUAAGCUCACAAGAUGUCAGUAAGGGAAUGAAGUUUGUCGGGGGUGAAAGUGCUGCACUGAGCCGAGUUUAUGAGUACUUCUGGAAGAAGGAUUUGGUCAAGAAAUACAAAGAGACCAGAAACGGGAUGUUAGGUCCUGACUAUUCAACUAAAUUUUCUCCAUGGCUUGCUUCAGGAAGUCUCUCCCCUCGCUUAAUUCAUGAUGAGGUUAAAAGAUAUGAAAAGGAGAGGCUAGCAAAUGACUCUACAUACUGGGUUUUGUUUGAGCUAAUAUGGAGGGACUACUUCAGGUUUCUAUCUGUCAAAUUCGGCGAUGCUCUGUUCCAUUUAGGAGGACCAAGGAAUGUGGAGAAAAGAUGGAGUCAAGACAACAAAUUGUUUGAAUCCUGGAGAGAUGGCACUACAGGGUACCCUCUCAUAGAUGCCAACAUGAAAGAACUGGCAACAAGUGGAUUUAUGUCGAAUCGGGGACGACAGAUUGUGUGUUCCUUUCUUGUUCGAGAUAUGGGAAUUGACUGGCGAAUGGGAGCUGAAUGGUUUGAGACAUGCCUUUUGGAUUAUGAUCCAUGCUCUAAUUAUGGAAAUUGGACCUAUGGGGCAGGAGUUGGAAAUGACCCCAGAGAAGAUCGUUACUUCAGCAUCCCCAAACAAGCGCAGACAUAUGAUUCUGAAGGGGAGUAUGUAGCAUAUUGGUUGCCACAAUUGCGAACACUCCCAAAAGAUAAAAGAAACUUCCCUGGAAAAUCAUACAUUGAGCAAAUUGUACCUCUCAAGUUUGGGAGUACUACUACUUCCAGGUACCAAGGUCGGGACAUGGCCUCGGCAAGAAAAGGCAAUUUUGUACAUAGAGGACAGAGAAGAUAAGGAACAGUAAUUAUAUUGCUAUUUUUUAUUACUUUAUUUAUAAUAAUUCAUAUAUGUUAUUUAAAUCUCUGAAUUUUUCUAAUGUUGUGUUAUUCUCCUAAGAAAUAAACAUGCAAAAGCCUCGUGGGAAAAUCUUGCUCGAGGCUUUGCAAGGCUGGGUAUUGAAAUUACAAGUAUUAUUGGUAGUGAUAAUAAAA